GCUAGUGGCGCAUGACGACUGAGUCAGUGCGGAUUGCGAGGCUGCGCUGCACAGUACAUACUUAAAAAUGUGGGUCACGUUGUGCACGAGCGUUCUAUAAUAUUAGCCUUAAAAUAUUUGUAUACAAAAACCCAUAUUAGGUCUUGAAAACGCGAAAAUAAUCCAUACCGAAUGUGUACACCGUAACACAAGACAAUAUUCAUUUAGUUUUUUUUCUGACUGCAGGGUCCACCCAACAUUUUUGCGCGCGAACUCUCGUUAUUCCCAGUGUAUUAUCCUCAUUUUCUUCGGUUGAAACCACAGAAACAAAUGUUAAUUUCGACUUGACAUACGUUAACUGCUCUUCAAAUCAUUCAUUCGAGUUCGAAAUUCAUUGAAACCUCGUUGUAAUAAUACAGAGUAUUCAGAAAAAUGUCAGGUAGUUACACGAGAAAGGAAUUUGGCGUGGACCACGAGGAGAAAACGCUGCUAGCGAAAGAAAAAACAACCAUUUGCUCUAAUUGCAUGUCAUAUGCAACAUUUGGUCAUCCAAUAACUUCUGGCACUGUACCAGUACGACUUUCUCCAGGAUGGGAGGGUACGGGUAGGCCUGAGGACGAGUUGAAUUUUAAGGGAGUUACUAUGGACCAAGCAGACCUUGAAAUGAAUCCACCAAUGGAUAAGUGGAAUUGGGUCGCCAUGGUAUUUUUAUUACAUGGAAUUGGUAGCUUGAUGCCGUGGAAUAUGUUCAUUACUGCCAAACUUUACUUUACUGAACACAAGUUUUCAAAGGAAUACACAGGCUACAAGUCGAACUACGCCACGGAUUAUGACACUUAUUCACCAGUUGCUGCACAAGUUCCAAAUUUAAUUUUCAAUUGGUUGACUCUAUUUAUCCAACUAGGGGACAAUUUAACAGCACGAAUUGUAUGGGGACUCUUGAUACAAGUCGCAAUGUUUGUGCUGACAAUCGUUUUAGCAAUGACAGACAGCUCUGCCUGGCCUGGUCUAUUCUUUUGGAUAACCAUGAUCUCUAUUGUUGCUUUGAACACUGGUAGCGGUAUAUAUCAGAAUUCAGUGUAUGGAAUGGCUGCAAAACUGCCUGCCAAGUAUACAGGAAUGGUUGUUUUGGGUUCUAAUAUUAGUGGGACUAUAAUUGCUAUAAUUGAAUUACUAUCCAGUAUGAUGUCUCCGAACAAACGGACUGCAGCAAUAUACUAUUUCAUAACAGCCCUAUUAGUUCUUUUGGCUUGUUUUGAUACAUAUUUUGCUUUGCCCUUGAAUAGAUUUUAUCGGCAUCAUGAACUGAUAAACCAAAAAGCAGCCAACAGAAAAGCUUUAAAUGAUAGUAUAAGAGGACAGACAUCGAGACCACCGUACUGGGAAAUAUUUAAAAAAUGUUGGCCACAAUGCUUCAAUGUGUUCUUUGUUUUCUUUGUUACACUCUCAAUAUUUCCUGGUGUCCAGUCUGGCAUUCAACAGAUUUCACACGAUUUCAUCAUUGAAGAGACAUAUUAUAUGAAUGUCAUGUGUUUCAUGACAUUCAACGUAGCGGCAAUGAUUGGGAGCUUGAUCGCUUCUUUUUUGCAAUGGCCCUGGAGGAAAUACCUUGUCAUUCCUAUUCUUCUGAGGGUGCUAUACAUACCGAUAUUUCUAUUAUGCAACUACAAACCUAAUUCAGCUGUCAGGACAAUACCAGUUUUAAUUAAAGAUGAUACAGCUUAUUGGUUGAUAGCCAUGACAAUGGGUCUGACCAGUGGCUACUUUUCAUCAGCUGCUAUGAUGCACUGUCCAAGAACGGUAGAGUCUCAGCAUCAAGCAACUGCUGGUAUGUUUGGUGCUGCAUUUCUAAUAACUGGUAUCGUCGCAGGUCUCGUAUUUGCAAUAGCAAUGCCUUUGAUAGUUUCCAGUUCAAUUUUUCUAUAAACUUUUCACAUAUAAUUGAAUUGUAUCGAUUUUUGCGUGAUUUGUAGUCUUCUUACGGAUGAACCAAACAUACAGUCCAGUACGUUAAACAGUUGCAAAGACUGUAAUAUCAUAUAACGAAGGUUUGAAAGUGGUACUGAUAUUCGUGGACUUGAAUUCAAUUGUUACAACAUUCUCUUCGAAUAGAAAAUCCUUUAAAAGAUCAUUAAUCUCAAAACCAUGGCAUAAUUAUUGAUGACUUUAAAGAGAUCCUAGUAUUACAUAAUUUUUACAAGUAAAAAGUCGCAUCAUUUAAACAAUAAUAAUUAACUAAAGCUUAUUUUGAUCGUAAAUAAAUUCUCUACGAAUCAACAAAGUCACAUUUUGUAUUGGGCUCCUCAGUUGAUCAAACAACAUAAUUAUUAAAAUAAUUAUAAGCGGUGAAUAGUAAGCCAAUGCCUUAAUAAUAGAAACAAAACACUCCAGCGUUAUCCAAAAUAUUAUUUUGUAGAUUUGUAGAGAAUUCAUUUGCGAACCAAAUGAACCGUAGUUCAUAAAAAUCGACCAAACGAUGCGAAUAGAAUAAAUGAGAAUAGAAUCUCCUCAAAGUCGUGAAUAAUUGUGUUGUUGUAGCUGAAACUUAAGGUUUUUAAAUUUUUUUUUGUGUUAAGGGAAUAUUGUUUCAACUAAAUACAACUUGAUUAACUUGAGUUUUAUUUUUAAACCAUCCAUAUAUUAUAUUUCUGUCUUUACAGCUGCUUGACUGCACUGUCUGUUUAAUGCAUCCUUAAGACUGGAAUACUUUCGGGACGAUUUGUCGACCAAAUGAAUAAAUGCUUUUUUGUUAUUCACUUUUAUACCUGACAAGAUUGUUAAACCUUAUAAAAAUAAUCUGGAGUGGACGCUAGAUAUACUGUGUUAGUACCGUGCUAGAAUACCCUAACGCGGGGCCCAAGCAGAGGAAAAUUCUCUAAAAUGGCCAGCUGCUAACCGCUACCACUGCUGGCGUUGGAAGCAGGAGCCGUGCGCGGUGAGAGAUGCUGCAUUUGUAUGUUUGACCGUGCUUGUGGAGGGGCACUCGCUCGCAAGGCCUUAUACUGAAAGGCUAUUUAUCUAGCGCCCACUGUACUGCAUUUGAAUGUAUCGAACUAUAAUGCAGACUUACCAUUACAAACGAAUGGCAAAUUAGAAGUACAUAAAUAGAUCUUGUGCUUCCAUGUAACUGUACAAUUACAUAGAUGCCAGAAAUCGGAAUAUUACAUAUUUCCGUAUGAAUUUUUAUUAAUUCAGAAGGGAAUUCAAUCUUGUCACCUUGAAGGUAAGUUUUUGAUCAUAGAACGAAACGAAGGUUUGCUCUUUACAUGUACAUUGGAUCGAAUUGUAGACAAAGUUGUACAAAAUUUCUACAGCACUUCGGGUGCAUUUGCAUUCGAAAUUUUGUUGUAUGAUAAUAUGUUCCACUACUCUUGUGUCCAUUCAAUUUGUCUUGUAGUGCAAGUAGUACGUAUAACUUUGUUUCGUAAGUACUUUAUUUAUAGCCAACCCAUGCACUCGAUCUGUGUUGCCCGAUCCUAGAUCUCAUAACAUUCUUUAAAGAAAUAAAUGACAAAAUCGUAUGUAUCGUUUAUGGUACUUUUUAAAAUUACUACGACAAAUCCAAAUCGGAGAGUUACGUAUUUGGCUGCAAUGCAUUUGAAACUCUAGUACCAAAAUUUAGCAACUACGAGCAAAAUCCUCUGACAAGUUUGGUGGGUCUAUGUGGACUAGGAGGCGUGGAAAUUCUAUAAACACUGAUUUGACUGCAUCUUAUGCAAAUUGGGUUAGUUACUUCGAUAUCCAAUUGGAAACACAAAGAUCUUAAUUAUAACGAAUAAUUCUUGCAUGCAUACUCGCCAUAAUAAGACCUUUAUAAGGCCGGCUGUCUUUUACCAUUUCUUUACAAUUAGCUAAAGUUCUAUCAAAUGCGACAACCUAAUCGUCUAAUCUAUAAUGUGAAAAAACACGGUUGUUUCUUGUAUAAAUUAUUUAAAAAAACAACUCGAUAGAUAAAUCAGCCAAUUGGGUUGUUGAUUUUGAAAACCAGGUGAAUAUUUGAUAAAGGUAUGUGGCACCAAUACAAACUGGCCACAAAGCAAAAUAUGAACGGAGUGGAAACUUACAUACUUUUCAGAAGUGAUAAUUCAUUCAACUUAUUCUGUGAAAUGAGCCAGAUGACGUAUUCGGUAUAUUUGUGUUUUUCUCGUGUCAGAUGCUAUUGGAUUGUCCAAUUUCAAAUUGUUGUAAUUUGCUAACGACAAACUUUCCAUGAGAAAUAAAAAACAUUUCAUUCGCAGAUUUUGACUAGGAAUACGUUGAUAGCCUAUGACGCGAUGUUCCUGAGGCACCCUGCAUGAUAGUUAAUUAAACAACUGCAUUUACUAUUUGCAUAAUAAUUGAGAAAUCUGCAUCGAUAGGGGAAUUACAUUUAAAAACGGAGGCACUCCGUAACGUAGUAAUUACUGAGAAUUUAAGGGGGUGCUCUCCGAAUAUCGAAGUCCACGUAUCUCCAACGCAAAGAAGGGUUCAACAGCCUCAUUCUGUACGCAACUGUGAACAAAAAAAUUCCAAUCCAUUUUCAUUUGACGCUGAAAUAUAGAAAUGGUAUAAAUUCUACGAAUUUACUAAUCCGACUUCGUAGAUUCCGUCUGAUUUCUUCACUUCCGCGCAAAUAAAAAUGUAUUGGAGUGUUUUUAUUUAGAAUUGUGUAUGGAAUGAGGCUGUUAAACCCUUGUUGCGUUUGUUGUGAGAUACGUGGACUUUGAUAUUUGGAGAUGUAUACAUCAGCUUUGAAAUCAAUCUUCUGUGUUCUGAACAUACCAUGGUUUUAUCCUGCGCGUAUGUGACAUUAUAUUGAGAUUAUUUAUUUAGAGUAUUAUUGCAUAUGCUUUUAGAUAGCUUCAUCUUUUAUUGCAAAACUUUAAAGGGGACACAUCGUGGGAAUUACAUUUUUGGCAUUUGAAUUGGUUUUCCAGUAGAAGAAAUCAAUUGCAUAAUUUACAAAAAUAUCAUUCAUGAAAAUACAAGUGCUUGUCUGCAUCCCAAUGGAUCUAAAACUUACUGACAUUGAAAAUAUUACAAAAAAAAUUGAUAAACAUAACAUAACACUUUUAUCAAAUAUACAUCUAGCCAUACCAGUUGUCCGAACAAAGUUAUAAGCAAAUUUUAUGCACAAGAAUUAUACCCGUCGCAUCGGACAAUUAAAGCUGCUUGCAAUGCAUUCUAUGUGCAUAUAAUUUCUGCACAAACUAAAUUCGUAAUAAAAUUUGAUAAUAUAACACAUAAAAAGUUAUUGAAUUAUCAUUUGGAGCAUAAUAUUCUAUGACAGAAUAUAAACAUUUUAUUAUGAAAUUGUGAUAUUGUGUUCUUUUAAAAAAGUUUCCGUUUAUUUUGUUAUUAGAAUAGUUUCAUUAUGUGUGUUAGCUUUUUACAUUUUUUUUUCAGAAUCACAAUAUCAUAAUUUAAUAUAUUUUAAAUUAUUUGUUCUAUGGUUAAACCAUGGGGUCCUAGAACCGACAUUACUGUUUUGUAUUUACAGUGAAUCAAAUAUGGAAUGUUCUAGGCGAAGUGGUUCAAUCAGGCCUUUAAUGUCUUUUCAAUUUCGCAUGCUGAUAGCUCUCGGUAAGCUAGAUUUUUGAGCCAGACCACUGAACUGAUAUUGCCAAAUACAUCAAGAUCUUUGCAAAUGAAAAUUUCGUUUAGAAGAAUGUUUGGAAAAUAUAACGCAUAUUUUGAGAUGGAUUAAAACUCGAAAAUUUAUUUCGAGAUCAUGCCUCUUUUUCGAGAAAGAUCGUUUAAUUUCAAGAGUCCUUUUAACCCUCUGUAGCGCAAGAUGUUAAAAUUUUUAAAUAAGUACUGAAACAUGUUAAUCAAAUGAAAUAAAAAUACACAUGUUUCUGGAAAAAUCUUAUUUUUUUUAUUUAUUCGAAAAAAAAACAGGGUUAAAGAGAGUGUGACAGAAAUGUUACACUGCAUCAAAAGUGCAACUUAACUUAGGUGAAAUUGUCUGAAACAAUUGUUGUGUUUAUUGUAGCAUAGAGCAACGCCACAUUUCUCGCACAUUGUGAGACACCAGAGCAGUUUCGAAAUUUGUAGCGUGUUCUCUUUUCUAUCCAAACGGGCCAGUGUCCUGUUUGAUCUUGCCUGAUUGCCAUUGGAGGAACAUGCCAUCUACAUUUUUUGUCAUAAACUAAGUCAAUACAUUAGUUUGUUACAGAUAAGUUACAUUGAUGCAAAAUGCGUUUGAAAGAAUACUUGAAUUUUAGUAGGCAGAUAAUCGGUCUGUGACAGAAAUGUUACACGGCGCUACAGAGGGUUAACUGUUUUAAAUUCUGAAGAAAAUUGUAAGUCUUUCAAUGACCAUUCCGGGCAAUUCCAAAAUUUCAAGAACUUGUUCCACUCUGUUUUUGAAGCAUUGCGAUUGAACCGUCACCCAAUGUCAACACGAAGCUGAAGCUAGCAGCCAGAGUUAGCAGCCAAACGCAUUGAACUUUUUUGGAAAUAUAAAAUUAUAGUACAGUUUUAUUCUCAUGAUUUUAUAAAAGUAUCGGGAGUAUCAAGGUAAUUCACAAAAUUUUGACUUUCAGAAUUCACUACAUUAUUUCAAUGAGCAUCAGAACAUUUGGCUGCUAGCUUUAGUCUCAUAACGUCAAUAGAAAACAACCUGUCUUGGUCGGAUGAUAUGCCCCUUUUUGAAAUAUUCUUGACGAGUUUAGGUACAUUGUUGAAUCAUAACAGAAAAGAUUAAAGUAGAAUAACCUUUUUUCCGUACUUUCAACAAUUGAGGAAUAGGUGAAACCACACGUGUAAUGGCUGUCGUAUAUCUUUAUUGGCAAUGUUUUAGUCAGAGCAUCAGCCAUCACCAGAUCUGUAAAUAAAACAAGUGUUGCAAACAGCCAUAACUGAACAUGGUUUUGAUUUUUUAAAACCACAUAUGCAAUGAAUAAAAUUUUGAAAGGAUAUUGUAUCUCUGAAAUUAGGUGUUGCAAACUUUCAAUGAGACUUUGCACUUUACAUUUGUAAAUAUCUUUAUUCAAGUUGGUCAAUCAGUAUCAUACUUCUCUCUAGUUGUGCCAUUUUUUGUAUGAUGUUUUAUCAUUGUUCAAUUUAUUUGGUCAUCAUUGUCAUUUCCCGUACUUUCUUUGUAUGAUCUAGGAAAAUCUAAUUACCCAGUUAGUGUUAAGUGGUUUCCUUUGCAUAGCAUGUCGGAUAAUCUGUCCACGACGUAUUUUCAUUUGAUUUUUAAUUUUAUAACUUUGUGUAUUUGUAUAGACCAACUUUCUUCAAAUAUAUUAUUUCAUAUUCCAACUUAUAUUGACAAAUAGGACCUCUCUCAUGGCUGAGUACAGUAUUGUAAUCUCCAACUUCCCUCUUUACGUACUUAUCAGCUGUCCUUGAUUGUUAAAAACAUAUUUUAAUCAAUUCCAUCGAUUCUUUGGUGACAUGCUGUGAUUGCAGCACUUCAAAAACGGAAAUUAGCAUGUUAUCGAAAUUUAGAAAUUUUUUAAUGAACAGUGAAUGAUCUAUAAUUGCUUUCGGAAUUUGAUAUAAUGUAGAACACUCUAAGAGCAACCGAACUUUGUGCCUCCCCGCCCCGAGCUUGUCAAUUAUAGUUGGACGUGUGCUCCACGAAUUUUCAGUUUCUUUCCAAAGUGAGGUGAAAUACAAUUCUGAAAAUAAUUUUCGAGCUCUAAUAUGCCUUAGAGUUUCUGUCAGAUUUUUUCAGAUGAGUAAAAUUAAUUGUUAAACAUCCUCUGAAAAUCAUUUCACUCCUAAUUAUUAUAAUUGUUAUUUUUAUUAUUAUUUCAAUUCACAUUAUCUUACAAAUCUGUGGCAUUUUCCGAUCUGAGUAGAAGAAAAGUUGUACUCUAAUAUGAAUGAUUAUGGAAAUAUUAAUUUUUAAACAAAACCUUGCUUCAAGCUUAGCUUGUAAAUACCCUGAUGAAUUUUACAAUAUUGAGACUAUGCUUUGGCUUAAGAAUCUAGUUUCCAGAGAACUGUUAGCGUGCCAAAUUGAAAAAAUAUAUGAUUCCUGACCGAUCUACUUCCAUAUAUUAUUUGUUUUGUAUCUACAGUUUGAGGCUCUCUAGUUUAUAGUGUGAAUUCAUAUUUUUAUCCUAAAUCACGCUGCAUUUCACCAGAAUUAAACAAAUGUCAAUAGUAAAGCCUAUGUAGCAUAUUAAGGGAGGAGACCCAGUUGGAACGUCCAAAAAAAAAGGUUUUUUUCCGAAUUUUUUCUUGUCUAAACGACAAAAUAAUUUAUAACAGCAGUUUUUCCAUACGAAUGAUAUAUAUUUAAAGUAUACAUUACAAUUUUUUCAAAGAAAAAUAUUUAAAAAUAAGCCGGUAGGAGGCAAUGGGUUUCAUCUGCAAAAAAAAGGGUGUUGCGGUGAUCACUUUCGCGCUGCAAUGGAUCAUCUGAAACCAAAAAAAGAGAGAGGAUCUUUAGUAAAUGAUAUAAUGCUCCGAAUGAACGGAGGGUUUUGAAAAAUUUCAAUAUUUCACAAAAUGGCGGACGUUGAAAGUCAAAAGUAUUGUUUUGACCAAAAUUUCACUGACAUUUUUGACUAUAAAAAAAAAAAUAACUGUCAAAAAAAAAUCCUUCGUUCAUCCGGAGGACAACUAAGUAUAGAAUAAGUGAGACAAAUUUCAAACCGGUCGGUAAAGCCGUUCUCGAGUUACAGUGAUCACCGACUUCGAAAACAUGGUUUCGAGAAGAACGCGUUUAAAGUUUUGCGUACGAUUUGCAUGCAGAUAAAAUUUAUCUUGUAACUUACAUUGAAUCGUCUAUUCCUGGGCCGUAUAUUGCGCCUUCCUCAGAUUUGUUAGCUACACCUGCAGCAAUUUUUCGUUGACGACGAGCUACCCUUGCCUCUCGAGUAUUUUCGAGGAAGCGCCGGUUAGCUUUGUCAGACACGGUGCCCUUCAAAAUUAUAUAUCUUGGCGAAUAACGGUCCGAUUUGACAGUAAUUCGUCGGAAAAUACUCUUGAAAUAUUGUACUUUUAGAAAAUGGAUAAAAACAAAACUCGAUUUUUACAAAAUUCUAACUGGGUCUACCCUUAACAAAGUUUUAAAUUACAAUUUACCGAGCAGUGUUUCAGCACAAAAAAUGCGACUGUAUCUGCUAAAAAAAAAAAAAUUAAUAAUUACAGUAAGAUGCAUAACAGCAAGAUUUAUUUAUAUAACUAUUAAUCUUUUACUAAAUGAAAUUUAACGUUUAUCACAGUUUUCAAUUUCACGUGUUAUGGUUAAAUAUUGGUACUUGUAAAUUUUCGGAUUAUUAACACAAGAACUACCGACGUAAAAUGUAACAUGAGGUAGGAAUUUUUAAAUGGAAUUGUAAAACCAGUCUAAUAUGACAAAAAUAAAAUUUAUGAUAUUACUUCUGUAGUUAUCGUUUUACGUCAUUGUGGGAAAAAAAAUGUUAAAUGAAGUAGAAAUUUUAAAAUGAAAUUGUAAAAAAAACCAGUCAUUUUGACUGGUCUGGUAGUUCUAGUGUUAAUUAGAGAGGUUGAGUAAUCUAAUGAAUUACGUCUACUGAAGUUCGAUCAGUAAAUAUACAUAGAUGUAUAUCUAGUCCACCACUAUAAUCAUAAUAACACCUUUGAUCAAAUUUGAACUAAAAAUUGUCAAAUCGUUUGAAUAAUCAUUUGAAAUUAUCAGACCCCGGUUAUAUCGUACUGAGUACGUCAAUGUUUCCUAUCCUUCUGGCUGCGCCAGACAAUAUUAUAUUUUAUUGUGAACUAUAUGUACAAUUACACGUAUAACUAAUAUACUCUACAAACUGCAGUAGCAGACCUUUGAUACUUGGUAAAAUAAUACUUUUUUUUUAUGUAUACAAUUAUA